AUGGCGGUGAUCCUGCUGUGCGCCCUGUGCAUUCCAGCGGCGCUUCCGUCGGAGCCGGAGCCUCCCGCGGGGUCGGGAUCGGGCUCGGAGCUUCCCGCGGGAUCGGAGCCCAUCCCGCUGGGGCUGAAGGCCAUGGUGGUGGUGAACUCCACACCCUGCAGCGUUACCUGCGGGCUGGGCGUGAAGGAGGAGCGGCUGUGCGAGGUCAGCCCGGCCGGGGAGCGCCGGAAUUGCUCCCUGGUGCGUUCCCGCUGCCUCAGCCAUUGGAUCUGCGGCCUCCGGCACCUCAGCGUUCCCGAGGGAAAUCCCAUCCGCCUCACCUGCCUCUCCCCGGACGCCACCAGCCUGGAGGGACAAAAUUUCGGCUACACCUGGAGGUUCGCCCGCGGGCUCAUCACCACCAACGACCUCCUGUUCCAUCCUUUCCACAAUCCCAGCCCUUCCCUGAGCUUCUCGCCGGCUCUGGAGUCGCAUUCCGGGACCUACCGCUGCGACGUGCAGGUGCUGAGCUCCUUCCAGCUCGUCAAGAGGAUCUACUUCGGCCUCAGGGUGAUCCCCAGGGAUCUGGUGGAUCUCGACUUCCAGAAAUCCCUGACUUGGGAGCAGCAGCUGGCGGCCAACGGGGAGGAGCCGCCGGGGAACGCCAGCAGCGCCGCGGAGCCGGAGCGCUGGCGGAAUCCGUGGGAGAAGCAGUGGAUUUAUGAGGCGGUGCUGGGAGUCGGGAGCGGCGUGAUCCUGGGGAUCCUCUUCAGCCUCGGGCUCUGCUGCCUGGGCAGGGUGUGCAGGAACAGAGCGGCGCGGGAAAUGAACAGACUUUGA